GACGGGGCGGGGGCGGUGCCUGAGGCGGAGGAGGAAGAGGAGGAAGAAGAAGGCUCGCCGUCCGGGGUGGUCGCCAUGAGCGCGCUUCGGGGCUUCCUCAGGGCGCAGCGCCUGGGCCGGAGAGCGGUUUCAUUACUUCACCGGUUUCAGAGUACGCUGGUGAUUGCUGAACACGCCAACGAGGCUCUGGCACCAAUUACUUUGAACACCAUCACUGCGGCAAAACGACUCGGGGGUGAAGUGUCCUGUUUAGUAGCAGGGACCAAUUGUGAAAAGGUGGUACAAGAGCUGAGCAAAGUAGCGGGCGUUUCCAAGGUGCUUUUUGCCCAACACGAUGCCUAUAAAGGGCUCCUGGCAGAGGAACUCACGCCGCUAAUUUUGGAAACUCAGAAGCAGUUCGGUUACACGCACAUCUGCGCCGGAGCAUCUGCCUUUGGGAAGAACCUCCUUCCCAGGCUGGCAGCUAAGUUGGAUGUGGCUCCCAUCUCAGAAAUCAUUGAAAUCAAGUCGCCGGACACUUUUGUGAGGACUAUCUAUGCAGGCAACGCUCUAUGCACUGUGAAAUGCGAAGAGAAAGUUAAGGUCCUCUCGGUCCGAGGGACUUCUUUCGAGGCCGCCCCAGUGAGUGGGGGCAGCGCAACCGUAGAAAAAAUAUCAACCCCGGCACCUGCUGGCCAGUCGGAAUGGAUUGAACAGAAAUUAACCAAAAGUGACCGCCCAGAACUUACUAGCGCAAAAGUGGUUGUAUCAGGCGGGCGAGGCUUGAAGAGUGGCGAUAACUUUAAGCUGCUGUACGAACUGGCAGAUCAGUUGCACGCAGCAGUUGGUGCAUCUCGAGCAGCUGUAGACGCUGGCUUCGUCCCCAACGACAUGCAAGUUGGACAGACGGGGAAGAUUGUGGCACCGGAGUUAUAUAUCGCCGUAGGAAUAUCCGGAGCCAUUCAGCAUUUGGCUGGAAUGAAAGAUAGUAAGACCAUCGUUGCCAUCAACAAAGACCCUGAAGCUCCCAUAUUCCAAGUCGCAGACUAUGGUAUCGUAGCUGACCUCUUCAAGGUUGUUCCCGAAUUGACGGCAAUAUUAAAAAAAUGAAAGGUAUUCCAUGUUAGGGAAGGAAUGAGUAUUUCUUCCUACAGAGGGAAAUUAUUUUUAAGCCGUUUAAAUUAUGUUUUAUCAAAACUAGAAAUGUAAAAAUUGCCAAAAAAAGAAUGGCCGAUGACGAUCUUGCAAAUACAUCAAUUUUUGCCUUUUCCAUUUGGCUUCGUUACUUCCCGAACUCUUUUUCUAAUUCUCUAAUAAACAUAUACAUCUGCCGUA